CGAACUCUGCAAUUCACAAACGAUUGUGUUUUUUAAUCUAUGGUGAGAAAAGUUAUUGUGGUGUUGAUGGCAGUAAGUGUUCAGUGUGAAGUUAGAAAUGCUUAUGUCGUUAUUCUUGCACGGAAGUUUAGUUUUAUUUACACUUUGGUAAUAUUUGCUACUGUUUUCAAAGUAUUUGAAAUUUGUACCUAUUUUUAUAUUACGUGUAAUGGAUUGUGGGAGCAUUUAAACUCGAUCACUAAAGUGAAUUAAAAGUGUGUGUACAGCUAUUUUCAAAUAAGUCACAACUCUACGAAUCUGUUUUAAAACUAUCUCGUGAAUAGACUGUCUCAGGGGUGAAUAAUUAGCAUUUUGCUUAAGAACGAUAGGUCGGAAUAAGAACCAUGGAGGAUAUAUUUCAUUGGUGCAGAGAAGGAAAUGCAAUGCAAGUCAGAGUGUGGCUUGAUGAUACGGAACAUGAUAUGAAUCAAGGAGAUGAUCAUGGAUUCAGCCCUCUGCACUGGUCAUCCAAAGAAGGUCAUAUAAAGAUAGUUGACCUGUUAAUGCUACGUGGGGCUCGAGUCAAUGCUACCAACCGUGGGGAUGAUACACCAUUGCAUCUUGCUGCAGCACAUGGUCAUCGGGACAUUGUGCACAUGCUCCUUCGUAACCGAGCUGAUGUGAACUUCACUAAUGAACAUGGCAACACACCCCUUCAUUAUGCUUGCUUCUGGGGAUAUCAAGCAGUAGCAGAAGAUUUAGUGACUCACGGUGCCUUAGUCUCUCUUGCCAACAAAGAUGGUGACACGCCACUAGAUAAGGCGCGCGGCACGCUCGCAAAAAGGCUGCAUGAACUGGCAGUGGAGACUGGUCAAGAUCUGAAGAAGAUAACCUUUAAAGAUCAAAGCUGGUUGGGAUUAAAGACCAGAAGCCGUGAUGCAACACUUUCUCGCCACAAAGGCAUAGACUUCACAGAUUUGCAACUUCAUACUAAGAUAGCAACAUCUCCAUCAGGAGAUUCGUGGCGUGGCCGCUGGCAAAAGAAUGACAUUGUGGCAAAGAUCUUGGCAGUGCGAGACUGCACGUCGCGGGUUUCUCGAGAUUUCAACGAAGAAUUUCCAAAGCUCAGGAUUUUCUCACAUCCGAAUGUCUUGCCAGUGGUGGGUUGCUGCAACUCACCACCGAAUCUAGUUGUUAUCAACCAGUAUAUGGCAUGGGGGUCUCUGUACACCCUGUUACAUGAGGGGACUGGUGUGGUUGUAGAUACUGCGCAGGCUCUGCGAUUUGCUUUGGAUGUUGCCCGUGGCAUGGCUUUCCUGCACAGCCUGGAGCGCAUCAUCCCCCAGUACCAUCUCAGCAGUCGGCAUGUCAUGAUUGAUGAAGAUCUGACGGCUAGAAUUAAUAUGGCAGAUGCGAAGUUUUCAUUUCAAGAGAAGGGCCGAGUUUAUUAUCCAGCAUGGAUGUCUCCGGAAGCCCUACAGAAGAAGCCAAGUGACCGCAACUGGGAAGCGUGUGACAUGUGGAGUUUUGCCAUACUGCUGUGGGAACUUGCAACGCGAGAGGUGCCAUUUGCCGAUUUAUCACCGAUGGAAGUUGGCAUGAAGGUUGCACUGGAAGGUCUGCGAAUAACCAUCCCUCCUGGAAUCUCUCCACAUCUCGCCAAGCUCAUUCGAAUCUGCAUGAACGAGGACCCUGGCAAGAGACCGACUUUUGAUAUGGUUAUUCCGAUUCUUGACAAGAUGAAGCGAUGAAUCAAGUCUUACCAACUGUUUGCAUUUAACCAUCUAGCUCAGUUAUGCUGAAAAUCUUGCAGUAAUGUUCAUUGAGUUACUGGCUUCCAAAAUAUUGUUACUAACUUCCAUUAGAUUGUAAUUAAUUUAUCUUGUGCCAUUUUAAAUGCCAUAUGCCGUAAUGUGAGGUAAUCAGUGAUUUUUUUUCCCGCCAGCCUUUGUCUUUAUAUUCUAAUGCCUAACAUAUUAUACAAAGAAAAGCUUAAAAUAUUCUAAACAUUUGCUAGUAGAUCUAAUGAAAGUAAAUAUAUUUUUAGGAAUUACUUUUACACUACAGAGAGAAUAAUAACUGCAUGUUACUGUUUGUACAAUGUGUGUUGUCCUCUAAACGUUGUGCCUAACUACUUUUUUUUUUUAUAGAGAUUAUAUAUUAUUAUAUAAUAUUGUUCAUCUAUAUAAAACAGUUUCGCAUUGUGAUGUGUUAACGACUACUUUUGAAGUUGAACUAAUGGCCCAGAAGAUUGCACUUGAAUGUACCUAAAGUGUUUUUACUUCUUCUCUCGUAACAGUCCGAAGCAGAGGUUUGUCACACUUUGUCUCAUAGUCAGAAGUUUAAUUUGUUUUUUUUGAUCACAAACUUUUAAAAUAUUAUAACAUCUCUGUUAUAAUGUGACGCAGAAAUCGGAUGUGGAAUUUUAAAACAAUCAUCAUAGGUUUUAAAGAAUCGCUUUGUGUACUUUUAUGUUUUCUGUAAACAGUUUACUUCGGCAUGUAAGUAAAUGUAGCAGAGAUUUUUAUAUGGGGUAGUUGGUUUCAGUGCUGAAGGGUAAAACCUUGUAUGGGGUUGGAAUAACAUAAGUUAAAGACUAAAUGCAGGAACAUUAAUGGAAAUUUCACUACAUUUUAAUUUUGAACUUUGGAUUGUAUCAGAAUUUAGAGACGUGGCAACCUUGUGUGAUAACUUGAACUUGCCAGCAACAUUUGCAGUGUGGAGCUCUUUGAUGACGGAGAUCUGUGUUUUCUGGGAUAGUUUGGUCAGAAUAAUGUCUAGGCAAGGGACUAGUCAUCUGGGGUUUGACUUUGGCCGGACAGGAUAUUCUCUUCUCCGCAGCGUAGAGACCGGCUCUGGGGCUUUCCCAGUCUCCCACCCAUUGGAUAAUGGGGCUCUUUCCUCGCAUUUAAAGUGGCGAGGGCAUGUUGCUCGAUCUGUUGCUGAGGUUAAGCUUAAGAAUAUGUGGAGCUGUACCUCCACUCCUGCAAACAUCUGCUUAGUGUGGUACUUCAGCACCAGGGAAAACUUUACUCUUUAUUAUAGGAAUAAUUAAAAGAGAUGGUACAUUAAGUGUUACUAUUUACUGAAAUAUGCCUCAUGGUUUUAUCAUGAACUAAUUUCUUUGCAUCAGAUCUUGAUGAGUUAAGUACGAAAGUGCAUAAGAUGAAACAUAAAACAUUUUUUUUGGACCAUCAAAUGUAAAAAAUUUAUCUGGAACAAGGAUCCGUCCCAGGUCUCUAUGAUAUUGAAACAUUAAAUAUGCCUCUAAAGAAUUCAGUACCACGACUACUGAAUUUAAGAGCUGGACCACUGGAUAUAUGUGGAAAGGCUAGUUACUGAAUCUCAUAUUGGUCUGUAGUAUUUUCUGAAUCUUAUAGAAAUAACUGUUGCUCUAAUAGUACUACUUGGUUUAUUUAAGAUGUUUUCAUUGGAUUAAGAUUUUGUAUUUAUAUUGCUGUGUUGUUUUUUUUGUUUGUUCUUUGUAUAUCAUCAUGAAUUCUGUAAACAUUUUUAUUGUUCAAGCACAAUUGACGGUGUUGUCUAACACACGGAAGGAAUCGUAGUUUGCGUGUGGUUUUUCUCUGGUUCUUUUCCCCCAUUAUGAUAUAAGAUAACAUUAAUAUCCCAUAAUUGCAUGACUGAGGUUUUGAGGUUAUUGUUCAUUCUACACAUUAACAUUAUUUUUUGUGCAAACUCGGCAAAUUGUUUGAUUUCUUCGAUGAUCAGCUUGGUCUAGCUUCAUUGUUCUGCUAGAGCAUAUUUUGGGAGUCACUGAUAUAAAGCAUGAAGGUAGGUAAACGUCUGCUGAUUGUGUGAGACUGUGGACAGUCUACGUACAUUUCAGCUAGCCAUGCAUUGCCCCAGAAUUAAAGUCCAGCCAACAUUCCCAUAAUAUGAGGGUUUGUGUGCUGUAUUCUUUAAAACAAAGAAUGUAACGCAUGGAAUACACACACAUUUAUUCUUAAUUUGGCAAUAAAAAAUGAGGGUGUGUGAAUUAUGCUUGAAAUAUGAUAGAAAUUACAGCAUCAUUAUUGUAACCUUUGCAAUGAGUUUCUCUGGCCGUGCAGUGUCAGGUUGUUCUCUCACACCCCUGAUGUGAAUGACUCACGUUUCAUGGCUACCAACCCAUGCCUGAAUUUACAUGACUUUAUGACUAAUCACAAUAACAUUUAUUUUAUGGCUUGAAUCGGAGUGUUUUCUGUACUGUUGAAGAUGAAUUUUAAAUUUUAUCAGUUUUAUGUAUUAGUGUUUUACGAGUAUUAUCAUCACUUUAUAUAUUUUUAUUUGUAUUGUCCCAUCUGCAUGGGGCAUUCAAACUAAUGCUUUAUUAUUGACGUAAAUAUUUAUACAUACGAAUUUGUUGCCAUAUUUUUGAAUAGAUAUAGUGAGAGUAUGUUCUGAGGUGAAAAUCUGGUUCAGGUUCGCUUAAAUUUUAGAGGUUAUACAGAACCUGUAAGUAUCACUGCCAAAGUAGUGUCGCAAAUAUUAAACCAUUCUUUUCGAAACUAUUACAACUCUGUAAUAUUUUGUCCUAUAAUUGUGGCUUCUAUUAUAUUUACUUUAGUAUUAUUAAAUUAUUUUAGUCAGAAAUAGGAAUUUAUAUCCAUUUUUUAUUGUCGUGUACAACAGCGAAGCACAGUUUAAUACAUUAUUUAGCACAUUAGAAAUUGAGUAAAUUAUAAGAGAAUGCUUUAAAACAAAUGACAUCCGUGUAUGUUACUUGUAAAUUAUAACUUUGGUGUUAACCUUUGUUAUCAUUUUAUAUGAAUGUAACUGAUUUUUACUACUGUGACUGAAAUAUUCGAAUGUUGUAUUUAUGAGAUGUAACGGCCUUUAUCAGUCACAUAUUACAACAUAUUUACAACCUAACUUGUUUAUUGCAGUGGCAUACUGCUGAAGCAUUAAACCCCAAUUUAAAGCUGGCGGGCAGCCAUUUGUUAUGGGGGUUUUAAAUCUCUUAUUUCCAUAGGAUGAAGGUUAAAUAUAAAUAACUCAUCUUGUAAGAAGGAUGUAUCAAAAUAAAUUACUCUUAAUGAGUCUCUUACCUUCAGUGCA